CAAGAGCUGAAGAGGUCCUUCUUCUACUUCUCAUGGAGCAAUCAUCAUCAUCAUCAUCAUCAUCUCACAGGAGGGGACUGUUGAUCGCAGCCGUGCUCGUGAAUUCGCUUCUCUUCCCAGCUUGCGGCGGCGGCUGCGCUCCGUCUUCCUGCGGCGAGAUCCGCAACAUCAGCUUCCCUUUCCGGCUGGACACCGACCCAGAAGACUGCGGAGACGAUAGAUUCACCCUGUACUGCGACAGCAACGCCACCGUGCUCCGUCUCUACUCCGGGAGGUACUAUGUGCGCGCCAUCAAUUACAGCAACUUCACCAUCAGAGUCGCAGAUGUCGGUGUUCGUGACGGCGAUUGCUCCUCCUUCCCCAUUUUUCCUCUGACACCGAACAAUUUCAGCGGCGGAGAUCCUUAUGGCCUUUACCAGUGGAACCUGACAAGAUAUUCCCCAGCAUCCUUCUCAAAGAGUAUGGUCCUAGUGAGCUGCCCGACUCCGCUGAUGCAUUCUUCCUUUGUUGACUCUUCUCCUUGCUUGAACUCCGAAAACUAUUCAACCUUGAACAAGUAUUCGUACCUAGUUGAUGGAGACCGAACUACUUUUGGGGAUUUGAGGGAGCAGUGUACCAUAGAGAAGUCAGUUUUGAUUCCUCCAACCACGAAUUAUACGUCCUACGAAGAGAUGCACCGAGGUCUUGUGUCUGGGUUUGAACUCACUUGGUACAUGAUCAACUGCGACCGAAAGUGCCAUGCUUAUUGCUAUUUAUUCGAUGCCAGGGGCAGUCCCGAAUGUUCUGGAAGUCCCCCUUCAGUAUAUAUGUGUGAACUCCACGGCUUCUUCCAUUUGGGAGAUGAUGACUAUCAAUGCAGACGAGUUGGUGUGUACCAGGAAUUUUGGUUUGACACUUUCGAAUUCUCCAGCUUUCAUCCUAGGAAUUAUAUAAAGGAUGAUAGGAAUUGUUGAGAUAUUGUUUAAACUAAUUAAAAUGAAGAAAAAAAAGUGUCAAAGGUGAUGCGGCAAGAUUGAGGCAGUGUGUGUGUGUACCUACUCUUGUUUCAGUUAUUUAUGGUUCUGCUCCUAAACACACUUUGUUUUUUCACUCCCCAAUGAAGGUGAUACCCACGUUUUUGGCAUAAUUAUUGAAAUAUUGAAGACAUUGAAGGGUAGGGCAUGGAUAUUCCCGUUAUAUCAGUUUCCUUUCUCUUACUGAAGUAAAUAGGACCUUAUUAACUAGUUUCAACGUUUUUUGCAGGAUCAUAUUUGAGCAUAAUCUAUGUGAUUGGUAAGGACUAGUUGUCUGUAU